ACAACUCCUGCUUACUUUCUUAGGCUAAUUAAUAAUUCCCACAAGCAAAAGAAAACAAAGAUUAGGAAAAAGACAGGCUGCCAUCUCUAUUUAUGCUCUGAGUAGACCAAGUACUCUCUCUGUGCAUGUCUCUCCCAAUGGACAGACAAAUGAAUAGGACGAAUUUCCUCUUGCUCUUCUUGGUGUUAUUGCUCUCAUCUUUCAAUUUUUUUCAAGCCAAGAUCACUGAAACUAGUACUGAAAUCCUACCAAGCUUUUCAGAAGUACUCCAAGCUAACCCAUUCACGCCCAGAGCCUCCCUGAUCCGCUACUGGAGCAAGCGCAUCUCCAACAACCUCCCGAAACCACUCUUCCUUCUGUCCAAGGCCUCCCCUCUCAAUGCAAUCAACUCCGCCAUUCUUACCAAACUCGCCACCCAAAACUCCCUCUCUGCACACCUCGAUUCCUUCUGCUCCUUAGCCAACUUGUACUGUUCCUUCGACUCCUCGAGCACAGUGCUGGACAUUAAGCAUGACAAAGACACCAACUUCGCCGUCUACUCCAACAAAGGCUUCGCCAACUACGGCUCUUCCCGUCGAGGUGGCGUCGACUCUUUCAAGAACUACUCCGACGGACUGAACAACCCCGGCGACUCGUUCAAGAAGUACAGCGGAGCUUCCAUCGCCCACAGCGAAGCAUUCACCAAUUACGCAAACAACGCAAAUGUUGCUGACUCCAACUUCACCAGCUACGGCUCAGGAGCCACCGGCGGAUCCGGGGAGUUUAAGAACUACGACAAAUUCGUCAACGUUCCGAAUCUCCGAUUCACAAACUAUGACUCCGACGCUAACAACCACAAACUUUCUUUCUCAAGCUACAGCGACGAGACCAACUCGGGUUCCGAAGCAUUUACAGCCUACGGCAAGAAUGCAAACAGUGGCCCUAGCGAGUUCAACAGCUACGGCGACAACUCCAACAUAAUUGCUUCGGGUUUCACUGGCUAUGGCGAGUUGAGUAAUGGUGCAAAUGACUCGUUCAGAGAGUACGGUCAGUCAGGGAAUAACCCACGCAACAAUUUCAAGAGCUAUGGCAUGGGAGGAAACUCUGGGAUAGAUAGCUUCUCAAGAUACAGAAAUGGAGCAAAUGUGGGCGACGAUUCUUUUCAAUCUUAUGCCAGGAAUUCCAACUCCGGCAAAGUGAGAUUUGCGAGCUAUGGAAGAUCGUUCAAUCACGGAAACGACACGUUCAAAGAGUACGGUAAAGGGUCGACAGGUCUGACCAAUGUCGAUUUCAAAUCUUACAGCAUGGAUCGGACAUUCAAAGAUUAUACCGUUGAGGGUGUCACCUUCUCUGGGUACAACAAUUUCAGCACAGUAACAGAGGGUUCUUUACGGGAAGGUGGCAGCCAUGUAAAUAGAUGGGUAGAACCGGGCAAGUUUUUCCGGGAGUCUGAUUUGAAGCAGGGGAAUGUCAUGGUGAUGCCCGACAUUAGGGACCGAAUGCCCAGAAGAUCGUUUUUACCUCCAGGGAUUUUGUCAAAAUUACCCUUCUCGACCUCACGCUUGUCCGAGCUCAAGGAAAUCUUCCACGCGCGAGAGAAUUCGACUAUGGAGAGCGUGCUAACCAACGCGCUGGCGGAGUGCGAGAAGGCUCCCAGCCGGGGCGAGACCAAGCGGUGUGUGGGCUCGGCGGAGGACAUGGUAGACUUUGCCGUCUCGGUCUUGGGCCACGACGUGACGGUGAGAACCACAAAAAAUGUGAGUGGGUCAAAGCAAAAGGUGAUGAUUGGGAAGGUCAAAGGGAUCAACGGUGGAGAAGUGACCAAAUCAGUGUCAUGCCAUCAAAGCUUGUACCCAUACCUAUUGUAUUAUUGUCACUCUGUACCCAAAGUUAGGGUGUAUGAGGCUGAUAUUCUUGACGUGGAGAACAAGACCAAGAUCAACGAAGGCAUUGCCAUAUGUCAUAUUGACACGUCAGCUUGGGGGUCAGAGCAUGGUGCCUUCGUGGCACUAGGUUCCAUCCCGGGGAAGAUUGAAGUUUGUCAUUGGAUCUUCGAAAACGACAUGACGUGGACCAUUGCUGAUUGAGAGGACCACCAAUUGCUUAAUUAGCUAAUCUCAUAUUUUAUCAUAUAAAAUUUAUCAUAGCGUUGAGAUAUUGCAUUAGAGUUUUGGUGUGAUUUGGGACUUUGAGGACCCAUAACAUGUUGUUUUUUUUUAGGCUCUUUUUCACUCAAUAAUUUAGUGUAUUAAGGUGAGUGGGCAUCAUUCAUUGCAUCUUUGAUAUAGAUUUCUCACAUGGUAUUACUUCAAUAAAUAUUACACGUACGCUUCAUUUUU